GUCAUUAGUUCUUCGUUCUGUUUACAGGAAAGCAACAAGCAUUCAGCUCACUCUCUGUAAAUGUUCGACAGUCAUUUUAGGUUCGUUUUGUCCAACAUUUCGGAAUGGCGACCUGCAGCAACAACGCGACAAGCCCUGAGGAACCCAAGAUCCAGUUCCGAGGGCUCAAGAACAGGGGCCAGAUGUGCUACAUCCAUGUGAUCUUGCAGUCUUUGAACGUGUGCCUUAUCCGCGGCAUUGUAAUGCUUCAGUCAACAGAGGGCAGCCCGGAUAAACCAGUCAUCAACGCACUGGCGGAGUUUUUCACAUGGUCGAGUGGAGAACCAACAGUAGCCAAAAAGGAGGAUCUUGGCACUUGGGAGGGCGUGAGAGUUAAACGAGCAAAGCCCAAGAAGGUCAAAGGCCCUCAAGUGCCGAUUGGUACUCCGUUCGAACCAUGCCAGUUCUACGAGAUCAUGCCAAUCGUGAACCCAUAUUUAUCAGUAUACGGGGAGCAGGAAGAUGCCGAGGAAUUCCUCUCUUCCUUGCUCAAUAAAUUACACGAUGAGGCAAAAUGGGGUGAAUUUGUAGCAACGGCACCAUCGCCGAUUCAACACCUGGUUUUCGGCGAGCUCAAGAACACUAUCACCGACAGGAAGGGCGUCGUGGUCUCCGUCACCGAAGAAAGAUUUGUCACGCUUCCGCUAGGUGUCGACGACAUCCGCAUCCAGACUAUUCAGGAUGCAUUCGACGUCUUAGCAAGUGCCGUGGAACUGGAAGAAUAUGCUGAAGGAGCGGUUAGGAAGACCACGUUCACGCGGCUUCCCACCCUCCUCAUGGUUCACUUGAAACGAUUCACGUUCGAUUCAACACGCGGUUUAGAGAAAAUACACAAGCGCGUGAAGUUCGGAUUCAAGUUGACCCUGCAACGAUCCAUGAUUGAGCCAUCUCCACUUGUGUCGCCGGAGUACGAGCUUAUUUCGGUCAUCUAUCACCACGGCGCCACAGGAGACAGUGGUCAUUACUCCAACGACUCCAAAGAUCCCACCACUGGAAAAUGGAUUCGCUUCGACGACGCAGUGGUGAAGGCCCUAGACGCCACUCAGGUCACCAAUUAUCCGGCGGGGAAGACCCCCUACGUCUUGUUCUAUAGUCGAGUCUAGGAGUAAUGUGUACACUCCCUUUGUUUAGACUCCACACAUCUAGUUAUAGGACUGAAUAGGAUAUCUUGGUUUAGAACUGUCUAGACUAUAUCUAGUUUUAGGACUAAAGUGGUAUGACGUCUUGUUUUAUCCACGCAUGUAGGAGUAAUGUGAAGACUCCUUCCGUUUCGUUACUUUUAGAAAUUUUGUGACUCACUAUCUCGUUCAUUCCACUAGUGAUGUCUUAUCUAAAAUAAAAAUCAUUUUUUUGUCUUUA